AACAAUCAAAACAAUAAUAAAUAAUAUUUUAUUUUUUUGGUGUUAUUAUUAUCAGUCAAAUUGAAAUUCAAUUGAUAUUAUAAUUACCGAAAAUAAUUGAUCCAUUGAUGAGGUAUUAUCACUGUAUCGGUCGUACAGUUUGUGUACGACUACUCUAUCAGCGAUCAUCGGUGGCCACAAUCGGCGGCGGCARCGGCGGCGGUGGCGGCUAUCGGAAAAUGUCGACAACAUCAUCGGCUAUGGCAUCGGCGGCGGCCAACAGUGGUGGCGGUGAUGGCRAUGAUGUGAUACUAACCCGUACGGGCAAUAAUAAGGGUAUAAUUGCUAUGAAUCGGCCAAAAGCGUUGAACUCGUUAAGCUUGCCGAUGGUCAAGAAAAUCUAUCCGCAACUGAGGACAUGGGAAAUGGAUAAUUCAAUGAAACUGAUUAUAAUGAAGGCAUCGCCGGCGGCCGCAGCCAAGGCCUUCUGUGCCGGCGGUGAUGUCAAAGCCAUUGCUGAGUCGGGAAAGGGUUCUCCGCUAAGCAACGAGUUUUUUCGUGAAGAAUAUCGACUAAACAAUCUGAUCGGUUCCCUAUCGAUACCGUAUGUCUCGCUAAUCGACGGUAUAUGUAUGGGAGGCGGUGUCGGUAUAUCAGUUCACGGACCGUUUCGAGUGGUCACCGAAAAAGCAUUGUUUGCAAUGCCCGAAACGGCAAUCGGGUUUUUUCCCGAUGUCGGUGCCAGUCAUUUCCUGCCCCGAUUGCCCGGCAAAUUGGGACUCUAUUUGGGUCUAACUGGUCAUCGAUUGCAGGGCCGCGAUAUUGUCAAAGCYGGSGUUGGGACACAUUUCGUGCCAAGCGAUCGACUGAACGACUUAGAGGAAGAACUACUCAGACUGGAAAAACCCGAUAUACUGGCCAUCGAUAAGAUAUUAAGCAAAUAUCAGGAACAAUGGGAAUUGGAUUAUAAGAAAGAGUUUUCAUUGAAACAACAUAUCGGACGCAUUAACAGUUCGUUUGGUGGCCAAUCGGUUGAAGAGAUUGUCGAUAAUUUGAAAAAAGACGGCUCUGAAUGGUCACAGAAACAGUUGGAACUGUUGAAACUGAUGUCGCCGUUAAGUUUGAAGGUUACCUACGAGGAGCUGAAACGUGGUACUGAUGCCACACUACCCGAGUGUCUCAAAAUGGAGUUCCGUAUCUCACAGCACUUUAUGCAAAGAAAUGAUGAUUUUUUCAACGGUGUCACAUCAUUACUGAUAGAUAAAUCAAAAGCGCCAGUAGUUUGGAAACACCGGACACUUGAAGAGAUUACCGACUCGGAAGUGCAAUCAUAUUUUGAGCCGCUGUCCAACAACAUCAAGGAAUUAGAGCUUUAGAUGGGGGUUAGUUUGGUUAGACAGGG